CUGGUCACAACACAAUUUCGAACUUCAAGGUGCUAAAUGAGAUGGGUCGCCUUGCUUAGUGUCAUGGGUCUCCUUCUAUGCAUGCAUACGUGUGUUCCGGGCUAGUCGUUCGUCGAACAUUCUGGAACUCGGUGGAAGGUCCACGUCAUUUUCCAGAGAUUUCGAGCGCUUACUGCGGGGUGAGCGAGUAAUACUUGAGGAAUUAAGCACACGUUACACCACCAUUGGAAAAUACCUUCAGACGCUUGCAUCUCAUCAUCACGCCUCGCAACAAUGUCGUUGUUUUACGAACCUUUCUAUAUCUUCGAUGACAUGAACUGCUUCUUUGACGAAGCGUUUGGAAUGCCCUCCGCGAUUGUGGCACCUGUCUCUCAUCGACAUCGUGGCUCUUCGUCUGCUCAACGCCUCUUCAAGCCCAAGCUCGAUUUGUACGAGAACGCUGACGGAACUGUUAGCGCAACGUUCGAAGUUCCAGGCUUGAAGCGUGAAGAUAUAUCCAUCGAUCUUCACGAUGACCGCUUGACCAUCUCUGGGGAGCGUACCUCUUCCUUCGAGACCAAGCCCAACGAUGACCUUACGUCCGAACGUACGUCGGACUCGACCGAUCAGGAGAAGCAAGACAACGUUACAUCUUCCUCUCCAUCAUACAUCAUUCGCGAACGAUCGAUUGGCAAGUUCUCUCGUUCGGUAGACAUACCAAAAGGAACGAAGCCAGAAUCGAUCAAGGCUUCGAUGGCUAAUGGGCUUUUGACGAUCACAUUUCCAAAGAAGGCGCCUGAAACCGAACCGAAGAGCAUUCAAAUUGCAUAAACGCGUUAACAUAUCAAAUGGGUUGUUGUUGAUUCGUAUUCGGUGCCAGGCAUGCUAGCUGCCCAGUCACGAAUGUAUAGUUUAAAUGCACACUCCUAAUAUGAUUCUCCGG